AAGUUCGUUACUUAGUGGCGGUCCCAGGCCACCGCAUCGAUUUUCAUCCGCCAACGCAAGUGGACUUCGCCGUCGCUCAAGUCGUCGGCGCCGGCACAGAUGCCACACCAGUCGUGGGCUCGUGGCCUCUUUGCCCUUUUCUGAAGACAGAAAUGUCUUCCCUUUUAUCCCUUCCGGUUUCCAAUUCGCGAAGAGUAUUCCAGACGCUACUUUCCGAUUCUCCCUUCACGUUGUCCGAUUUGCGAUUCCAUUCGCUGCUGCUGAAAGAACGGAUUUGCAGUCAGUGUCGAGUUUAACGCCGCUGCUGGGGAAUGAAGCUCUUCUUGUUUGCUUGGCCUGGAUGUUCUUUGUCCAUGGGACUUCUUGUGAAGGCUGUGGUCAAGAUGAAAGAGAAGCCCUUUUCAAGUUGAAGGCAGAUCUUGAAGACCCUUCAAGCUUUCUAUCAUCUUGGGUUGGUCAAAGGGAUUGUUGUACAUGGUCCCGAGUCGUCUGUGAUAAUUUUACUGGCCAUGUCACUGAGCUCCAUCUCGGAUGGCCUUCUUUGAGGGACGACUCUGUGUUCACUGGAUACAACUCUUUUGGUGGACCGAUUCCUGACCAACUUCAAAAUCUUACUUCUCUGAAGACCCUUCGCUUGUCCUCCAAUCAAUUCUAUCAUUCAGUACCAAACUGGUUGUAUAGAUUACGUUAUCUUGAGACACUCAAUCUAUCUGGUAAUCAGUUGGAUGGUAAAGUCUCAACUGCUGGCAUUGGAAACUUGUCUUCUCUUGUUGACCUUGACUUGUCAGUCAAUCAUGGCCUCAAAUUUGAGAGGGGAAUUCCAGAGUCGUUCAAAAGCUUCUGUCGUUUGAGAUCGCUUUCUCUGCAAAAUGUAAUCUUAAAUCAAAAUAUAUCAGAGUUGCUUGAAAUCCUUGGAGAAUGUGCUUCUGAUACUUUACAGAUAUUGUUGUUGUUUAAUUGCCAACUGACUGGUCAGUUGACUGAUCGGAUCGGAAAUUUCAAGAGACUUAACCGUCUCACUCUUGGAAAUAAUUUCAUUUCUGGUUCACUUCCAAUGUCGUUAGGAGAAAUGACAUCCUUAGACUAUGUAAACCUUGCAAGAAACAAUAUCAGUGGGACAAUUCCAACAAGUUUUGGGGCAUUGGCACAGCUGGGUUAUAUGGAUAUCUCUCAGAACUCAUUGCAUGGUGUUGUUUACCCUGAAAUUCACUUUGCCAACAUGAGAAAGCUGACAUGCUUUUAUGCAUCUGGAAACAAGAUGGUGCUGAAAGCUAAACCAGAUUGGGUUCCUUCAAUGGUGCUUGAAGAAUUGGACCUAGAAUCCUGGUAUGUUGGACCUGGUUUUCCCAAUUGGCUCCAGUAUUUGCAGCAUCUCAAGUCUCUUGAUCUAUCAAACUCUGGAAUUUCAGAACCCAUUCCUGGCUGGUUCUGGAGCAUAUCAUCUCAGUACUACUAUUUGAAUUUCUCACACAACCAAAUCCCUGGAAGGCUCCCACAUGUCGUACCUAUAGUUAUCACUAUAUCAUAUUUUGAUUUCAGCUUCAAUUGCUUGGAAGGUCCAGUGCCUGCUAUCUCAUCCAACUUGACAUUUCUGGACCUCUCCAACAAUCUGCUUUCAGGAAACUUGUUCAAGUUUUUGUGUUUCAACCCCAGUGAGAUGAGGGCUACAGAAUUUUUGAGCUUAUAUGGUAAUAAUUUGACUGGUGAGAUACCAGAUUGUUGGAAGACUUGGCCGAGCUUAUCGAGCAUAAGGCUGGGAGGAAACAAGCUCAGUGGCAAGAUCCCAAAGUCCCUUGGAUAUGUAAGUUCCCUCAAAUCCUUGCGCCUUCAGGACAAUAGGCUGUCUGGUGAAAUUCCACAAUCCCUCGAAAACUGCUCCAGGUUAGUCAUAGUUGACUUGAGUGAUAAUGGAUUGGAGGGGAAGAUUCCGAAAUGGAUGGGACAAAGCCUUUCAAGAUUGUCCAUUCUUAGUUUACGCAAGAAUAAGUUCCAUGGAAGCAUACCUAAGGAGAUCUGUGACCUGCAAUCCUUACAGAUCUUGGAUCUUUCUCUCAACUCUCUCUCUGGGGCCUUGCCAGAAUGUGUUGCUAAUCUUAGUGCCAUGGCUACUCCAAACAAUAAUACUUUAGGGGUCAUUGCAGUCUAUGGUGUUCAGGGGCAAUCAUUGUUGGAUACUCAGAUUCUGGUGACAAAAGGGCAGUUGUUGGACUACAGCACCAUACUCAACUAUGUCAGGAGUUUUGACCUCUCUUGGAAUGACUUGUCAGGACAGAUCCCCAACGAGAUCUUUAGCCUGGCAGCCCUUAAAUAUCUCAACUUGUCACAUAACUCAUUCUCUGGUGCAAUUCCGGAGGAUCUGACCGCAAUGCUCUCUCUUGAAUCCAUGGAUCUAUCGAUGAACCUGCUGUCCAGAUCAAUUCCUUCAAGCCUAGGAAGUCUCACGUUCUUGAAUCACUUGAACUUGUCGUACAACAACUUAAGUGGUAAAAUUCCUUCAAGCACUCAACUGCAGAGCUUCGAUUCAUGGAGCUUCAUUGGCAACCAAGAACUUUGUGGGCCUCCUUUGAAUGUGGAUUGCAGCUAUGACAGCAGAUUGCAUAGUUUAAUUGACGGCGAAGAAAUUGAUGAAGAACAUGCAUUGUAUUGGUUCUUUAGCAGCGUAGUUUUGGGUUUUGUGGGCGGUUUCUGGGGUGUGGUUGCCACUUUUGCAUUCAUCCAACUGUCGACAAUCCCAGAUUCCGAGUUCAAGGACUACAUGGGUAAAAAAUUGUGGAUCUUGUUAAUGAGAUUACUGAAGUAGGAGCACGUUCAUGCCCAGAAAGGGCAUUCUUAGCAAGGAACUUGUGCACAGUGCCCAAAAUGUACAGAAACAGUAGUUAUAUCGGUCAUUCUAUCAACAUUAUGAAGUUUGCCUUUAGCUACUCAAUUCCUCCAACAAAAUCUCCGGGACGAAGCUUAUCAAUAGGCUAAUGAUCUCCGUAAGCUUAUCACCUUACGGCGGAGGGACAGAACUUUUUCAGCAUACGUUCUGAAGAUGGGAUAUCGUUUGAAGGGAUGGCUGCAAUGAUGGAGGACGGGGAUGUGCUUCCAAGCGCAUGGCCACGAACGGGACAAUACAAAGGUUUGAACGGCCGAUCUGGUGUCCAGAAACAAAGGAUGUGAUAAAGAAUGGGUUCUGGAAGAUUGCUGAACGUGUCUAUAGUAUUAGCUUCUUCUUCGGGGCGCAUUUUCCGAUCAUUGCCCAGCUCACGGCCAGAGCGUUUGAUGUUCAUUGCUUUCUGGCACCGGCAAAAUUGCCUCACCAGUCUACCUCCUCCGCGCAUGUUUUUUUCGUCCCCAGCCUUUCGUUUGCAGUUAGUGCCGAGUUCCCGCUAAUGCCCCUGCUGGGGAAUGAAGGCCAUGUAACUUCUAGUGAAGGCUGUUGUCAAGAUGAAAGGGAAGCCCUUUUGAAGUUCAAGGAUGAUCUUGAAGACCCUACAAGCUUUCUAUCAUCUUGGGUUGGCCAGGAUCCCUGUACAUGGUCCGGUGUUGUAUGUGAUAAUUUUACCGGCCAUGUCACCGAGCUCCAUCUUGGAUGGCCUUCUUCCAGGGACGACUCGGUGUUUAGCGGUAAGCUAAAUCCUUCAUUGCUUCAGCUGAAGUAUCUCAGUUAUUUGGACCUGUCAAACAAUCGUUUCCAAGGGAUUCCCAUUCCGAGUUUUCUUGGCUCUAUGAGUAGUUUAAAGCACCUCUACCUUGAUGGAGCUGGAUUUGGAGGAGUUAUUCCUCAUCAACUGGGAAACCUCUCAAAUCUGCAUCAACUUGGCCUGCAGGCUGCGAGGCGUAAUGUGUUAUAUGCUGAUAGUUUGAAGUGGCUUUCUGGUAUGUCUUCACUACGGUACCUUGAUUUAAGUGAUGUCGAUCUUAGUGAUGCUUCUGACUGGUUGAACAUGAUAAACACACUCCCAUCUCUUUCAGAAUUGUAUCUAUCAAACUGUCGUAUCCGUCAUAUCCCUCCCCUCAAUAAUUUGAACAUGUCUUCGUUGUCUGCUCUUAGUUUGCAGCAGAAUGAUUUUGAUCAAACUUCAGUUCCUAGUUGGGUUUUUCAUCUUCAGAGCCUUACUUACUUGAAUCUAGGAAUCAACUCUUUUGAUGGUCCAAUUUCUGACGAGCUUCAAAACCUUACUUCACUGAGGACCCUUUCAUUGAACUCCAAUCGAUUCAAUCAUUCAAUACCAAACUGGUUGUAUAGAUUUAGUCAUCUAGAGACACUUGAUCUAUAUGGUAAUCAUUUGGAUGGUAAAGUCUCAACUGCUGGCAUUGGAAACUUGUCUUCUCUUGUUGACCUUAAUUUGUCUGUCAAUCAUGGACUCGAAUUUGAGAGGGGAAUUCCAGAGUCAUUCAAAAGCUUCUGCCGUUUGAGGUCGCUUUCUCUACAAAAUGUAAAACUGAAUCAAAAAGUAUCAGAGCUGCUUGAAAUCCUUGGAGAAUGUGCUUCUGAUACUUUACAAGUAUUGUUGUUGUUUAAUUGCCAACUGUCUGGUCAGUUGACCAGUCGUAUUGGAAAUUUCAAGAAACUUUACCGCCUCAUCCUCGGAAAUAAUUCCAUUUCUGGUUCACUUCCAAUGUCAUUCGGAGAAAUGACUUCCUUGAUUGAUGUAGACCUUUCAAGAAAUAACAUCAGUGGGACAAUUCCAACAAGUUUUGGGGAAUUGGCACAGCUGGCUUAUGUGGAUAUCUCUCAGAACUCGUUGCAUGGUGUUGUUUACCCUGAAAUUCACUUUGCCAACCUCAGAAAGCUGUCUUGCUUUUAUGCAUCUGGAAACAAGAUGGUGAUGAAAGCUAAACCAGAUUGGGUUCCUUACAAACUACUUGAAGACUUGGACCUAGAAUCCUGGUAUGUUGGACCUGGAUUUCCCCAUUGGCUCAAGAGUUUGCAGUAUCUCAAGUCUCUUGAUCUAUCAAACUCUAGAAUUUCAGAACCCAUUCCUGACUGGUUCUGGAGCAUAUCAUCUCAGUUCUACUAUUUGAAUUUCUCUCGCAAUCAAAUCCCUGGAAGGCUCCCACAUGUCAUACCUGUAGUUCUCACUGUUUCAUAUUUUGAUUUCAGCUCCAAUUUCUUGGAAGGUCCUCUUCCUGCUAUCUCAUCCAACUUGACAUUUGUUGAUCUUUCCAACAAUCUGCUUUCUGGAAACUUGUUCAAAUUCUUGUGUUUCAACCCCAGUGAGAUGAGGGCUACAGAAUUUCUAAGCUUAUAUGGUAAUAAUUUGACUGGUGAGAUACCAGAUUGUUGGAAGACUUGGCCGAGCUUGUCGAGCAUAAGGCUGGGAGGAAAUAAGCUCAGUGGCAAGAUCCCAAAGUCCCUUGGAUAUGUAAGUUCCCUCGUAUCUUUGCGCCUUCAGAACAAUAGGCUGUCCGGUCAAAUUCCACCAUCCCUCCAAAACUGCUCCAGGUUAGUCAUAGUUGACUUGAGUGAUAAUGGAUUGGAGGGGAAGAUUCCGGAAUGGAUGGGACAAAGCCUUUCCAGAUUAUCCAUUCUUAGUUUACGCCGGAAUAAGUUCCAUGGCAGUAUACCUAAGGAGAUCUGUGGCCUGCAAUCUUUACAGAUCUUGGAUCUUUCUCACAACUCUCUCUCUGGGGCCUUGCCAGAAUGUGUUGCUAAUCUCAGUGCCAUGGCUACUCCAAAUAAUAAUACUUUAGGGGUCAUUGCAGUUUAUGGUGUUCGUGGGCAAUCAUUAUUGGAUACUCAGAUUCUUGUGAGAAAAGGGCAGUUGUUGGACUACAGCACCAUACUGAACUAUGUAAGGAGUUUGGACCUCUCUUGGAAUGACUUGUCAGGACAGAUCCCCAACGAGAUCUCAAGCCUGGCAGCCCUUAAAUAUCUCAACUUGUCACAUAAUUCAUUCUCUGGUGCAAUUCCGAAGGAUCUAACCGCAAUGCUCUCUCUUGAAUCCAUGGAUCUAUCGAUGAACCAGCUGUCCGGAUCAAUCCCUUCAACCCUGGGAAGUCUCACAUUCUUGAAUUACUUGAACUUGUCGUACAACAACUUGGUUGGUAAAAUUCCUUCAAGCACUCAACUGCAGAGCUUUGAUUCAUGGAGCUUCAUUGGCAACCAAGAACUUUGUGGGCCUCCAUUGAAUGUGGACUGCAGCAAUGACAGCAAAGUGCCUGGUUUAAUGGACGGAGAAGAAAAUGAUGGAGAGCACGCAUUGUAUUGGUUCUCUGGCAGCGUAGCUUUGGGUUUCGUGGGCGGUUUCUGGGGUGUGGUUGCCACUUUUGCAUUCAUCCAACUGUCAACAAACCCAGAGUCUGAGUUUAAGGAUCACACAGCUCUUCUUAUUUGCUUGGGCUGCGUGUGCUUUGGCCGUGCGACUUCUAGUGAAGGCUGUGAUCAAGAUGAAAGAGAAGCCCUUUUGAAGUUCAAGGCUGAUCUUGAAGACCCUUCAAGCUCUCUGUCAUCUUGGGUUGUCCAAAGGGAUUGCUGUAUAUGGUCAGGUGUUGUCUGUGAUAAUUUUACUGGCCAUGUCACUGAGCUCCAUCUCGGGUGGUCGUCUUCCUGGGACGGUUCUGUGUUUAGUGGUAAGCUAAAUUCUCAAUUGCUUCAGUUGAAGUAUCUCAGUUAUUUGGACCUGUCCAACAAUCAUUUUAAAGGGAUUCCUAUUCCAAGUUUCCUUGGCUCUAUGAGUAGUUUAAAGCAUCUUUAUCUUGAUGGAUCUGGAUUUGGCGGAGUCAUUCCUCAUCAACUUGGAAACCUCACAAAUCUGAAGCAACUUGGCCUGCAGGCUGCUAGAGAUUAUGUGCUAUAUGCUGAUAGUUUGCGGUGGCUUUCUGGUCUGUCUUCACUAAGAUACCUUGAUUUGAGUGAUGUCGAUCUCAGCAAUGCUUCUGACUGGUUGAGCAUGAUAAACACACUCCCAACUCUUUCGGAAUUGUAUCUAUCAAACUGUCGUAUCCGUUAUAUCCCACCCCUCAAGAAUUUGAACAUGUCUUUGUUAUCUGGUCUUAGUUUGUAUCACAAUCAAUUUGCUCAAACUUCAGUUCCUAGUUGGGUUUUUCAUCUUCGGAGUCUUACUUACUUGGAUCUAGGAGUGAACACUUUUGAUGGUCCGAUUCCUGACCAGCUUCAAAACCUGACUUCACUGAGGACCCUUUCCUUGUCCGGCAAUCGAUUCAAUCAUCCAAUACCAGACUGGUUAUAUAGAUUAAGUCAUCUUGAGGCGCUUUAUCUAUGCGGUAAUAAGUUGGAUGGUAAAGUCUCAACUGCUGGCAUUGGAAACUUGUCUUCUCUUGUUUACCUUGACAUAUCAGACAAUUAUGGCCUCGAAUUUGAGAGGGGAAUUCCGGAGUCGUUCAAAAGCUUCUGCCAUUUGAGGUCACUUUCUCUGAAUAAUGUAAUACUGAAUCAAAAUGUAUCAGAGUUGCUUGAAAUCCUUGGAGAAUGUGCUUCUGAUACUUUGCAGGCAUUGUUGUUGUUUAAUUCCCAACUGUGUGGUCAGUUGACUGACCGGAUUGGAGAUUUCAAGAGACUUAGUCGUCUCGACCUUAGAAAGAAUUCCAUUUCUGGUUCACUUCCAAUGUCAUUUGGAGAAAUGACAUCCUUAUACUAUUUAAACCUUGCAAGAAACAAGAUCAGUGGGACAAUUCCAACAAGUUUUGGGGCAUUGGCACAGCUGAAUUAUGUGGAUAUCUCUCAGAACUCAUUGCAUGGCGUCAUUUACCCUGAAAUUCAUUUUGCCAAUCUCAGAAAUUUGGCUUGCUUUUAUGCAUCUGGAAAUCAGAUGGUUUUGAAAGCUAAACCAGAUUGGGUUCCUUCCAAGCUACUUGAUGAAUUAGACCUAGAAUCUUGCUAUGUUGGACCUGUAUUCCCCCAUUGGUUGCGGAGUUUGCAGCAUCUCAAGUCUCUUGAUCUAUCUAACUCUGGAAUUUCAGAACCCAUUCCUGACUGGUUCUGGAGCAUGUCCUCUCAGUUCUACUAUCUUAAUUUCUCUCACAACCAAAUCCCGGGAAGGCUUUCACAUGUCAUCCCUGUUGUGAGCACUUAUUCAUUGUUUGAUUUCAGCUUCAAUUGCUUGGAAGGUGCACUGCCUACUAUCUCAUCCAACUUGACAUUUCUAGACCUUUCCAGCAAUCUGCUUUCUGGAAACUUGUUCAAGUUCUUUUGUUUCAACCCCAGUGAAAUGAGGGCUACAGAAUUUCUGAACCUGUUUGGUAAUAGAUUGACUGGCGAAAUACCAGAUUGUUGGAAGACUUGGCAGAGCUUGUCAAUCAUGAGACUGGACAGGAACAAGCUCAGUGGCAAGAUCCCAAGAUCCCUGGGAUAUUUAAGUUCCCUCAGGUCUUUGCGCCUUCAGAACAAUAGGUUGUCUGGUGAAAUUCCACCGUCUCUCCAGAAUUGCUCCAGGUUAGUCACAGUUGACUUGGGUCAUAAUGGAUUUGAAGGGAAGAUUCCGGAAUGGAUGGGACAACGCCUUUCGAGAUUGUCCAUUCUUAGUUUACCCGGGAAUAAGUUCCAUGGCAGCAUACCUAAGGAGAUCUGUAACCUGCAAUCUUUACAGAUCUUGGAUCUUUCUCACAACUCUCUCUCCGGUAUCUUGCCAAAAUGCAUUGCUAAUCUCAGCGCCAUGGCUACUCCAAACAAUGAUACUUCAGGCCUCAUUUCGCCCUUUGCUGGUGCGUGGAAAUCGUUUUCAGAUAGUCUGAUUCUGACGAGGAAUGGGCAGUUGUUGGAUUACAGCACCAUACUGAACUAUGUCAGAAGUCUGGACCUUUCUAGUAAUAACUUGUCAGGACGGAUCCCAAACCAGAUCACAAGCCUGGUAGCCAUUCAAUAUCUCAACUUGUCACAUAAUUCAUUCUCUGGUGCAAUUCCGGAGGAUCUAACCGCAAUGCUCUCUCUUGAAUCCAUGGAUCUCUCGACGAACCAACUGUCCGGGUCAAUCCCUUCAACCCUGGGAAGCCUCACAUUCUUGAAUUGCUUGAACUUGUCGUACAACAACUUGGUUGGUAAAAUUCCUUCAAGCACUCAACUGCAGAGCUUUGAUUCAUGGAGCUUCAUUGGCAACCAAGAACUUUGUGGGCCUCCAUUGAAUGCGGCGGACUGCAGCAAUGACAGCAGAGCGCCUGGUUUAAUGGAUGGAGAAGAAAACGAUGAAGAACAUGCUUUGCAUUGGUUCUCUGGCAGUGUAGUUUUCGGUUUUGUGGCCGGUUUCUGGGGUGUGAUCGUCACUUUAGCAUUCGUCGGUCCAACGGUCACAAACCCCAGAAUCUGAGUUGAAGGAUCACAUGGGUCAAAAACUGCUGGUCUUGUUGACGAGAUUGCUGAAGUAAUUUACAGAAACAGUAGUUAUAUCAGGUUCUACUUUCCUUGAUUUAGUAACAUCUUAAACAUCUGAGGUUGUCUCAAAUCCUGAUAGAACAGUAAACCUCCUUUGUACAAAUUCAAGCUUCAUUGUCCACUCUGCACUUGUCAUUGACUUUUUCUUUGGUUUUAAUCUCUCAACAGUCCACUUUUAUCGCUUCUGUGAUAGCUUCUCAAGUUUUGGCUGAUAAUUUCCUGAUAUGGUAAUAGAGUUUCCAUCAAACUCCUCUGA